AUGGAUGAUGCAACUCCCUUUCUACAACUGAAGAUCUAUGGCCACGAGCCUGGGCCUAAGACUGAGAUCGAUUUCUGGAUGCGUAGAAUGCAGAAAAUUACCGCGGUCACCGAGCAGUUGAAGUCCAAAAGUUGUCGAGCCGUUUUCGGUACGCUGCACGCCGUUACGCGUGUGGGUCAGGAUGUUGCUCCAAAGUCUCGGCAAGUGGUGUUCAACACUCUUCGGCGGUGGAAUCGGGUGGAAUUCUUGAUUACGGAAGCUUUCAACGAGGCUCAAGAUAAUGUAAAGUACCUGAACACUCUGGAGAAGUUUAUGGAACCACUUUACACUGGUACUCCUGACAUGAUCUCGGAUUCUCUACCAGCAUUGCUUAACGCUAUCAAGAUGGUACAUACCAUUGCCCGAUACUACAACACGACUGAGAGAUUGACCAAUCUGUUCACCAAGAUGACCAACCAGAUGAUCAUCAACUGCAAGGCCUAUUUAUUGGGCGAUGAGCAUCCGGACAAGCUGUGGGAGACGAAGCCUGUAGUAUUGGUAAAGAAGCUGCGGGCUUGUCUUAAUCUCAACGAGGUAUACCAAGAACAGUAUCAUUUCAAUAGGAAGAAGCUCCUAGCGCUACCGAAAGGAAAGCAGUUUGACUUCUCAGAGACUCAGAUUUUCGGGAGGUUUGACCUGUUCUGCCGCCGCGUGCUCAAGCUAGUGGAUAUGUUCUCGACCGUCCAUCAAUUCGAGUCACUGGCCGCGUGUCGGUUUGACGGUAUGGAACAACUCGUGGUCAGCUCCCGCACCAUCAUGGAGGAGUUCCGGAACAAACGACAUGACCUUCUAGAUUUCCACAACAACCGGUUCGAUCGCGAUUAUGUCGAAUUCAACGUCCGGAUUGCCGACCUAGAGAGCGCACUACAGCAGUUCAUCAAUCAGAGCUUCGAGAGCAUCACUUCUAUCGAGUCCAGUCUAAACUUGCUGAAGAGCUACCAAUCGAUUUUGCAGCGUGAGAGCCUCAAGGCCGAUCUCGAGAGCAAGUACACUGUCAUCUUUCACAAUUACGGUGUAGAACUGACACAGAUUCAAGAUUCUUAUGAGAAACUGAAAGCGUCACCGCCGUUAGUGAGAAAUUUGCCUCCGGUCGCGGGUAACAUUACAUGGAGUCGUCAUCUGCUCCGGCGAAUCGAAGGGCCGAUGAAACGCUUUCAGAAGAAUCCGACUAUUCUCCAAAGCAAGGAUGCUCGCAAAAUCAUCAGAAUGUACAACAAGAUGGCGAAGACUUUGGUCGAGUUCGAGACGUUGUGGUAUGAGGCAUGGCUCAACUCAAUCGAGGUUGCCAAGAGCGGGCUCCAUGCUACACUGAUUGUCCGACAUCCUGAUGACGGCAAAUUCUAUGUCAACUUCGACUGGGAGAUUCUUCAGUUGAUACGGGAGACCAAGUGCCUUGAACGCAUCGGAGUAGAGGUUCCUGGGCCAGCACGACUUGUGCUAUUACAAGAACAGAAGUUCAAGCAACACUACAAUGAACUGUCGUACAUUCUGAAAGAGUAUCGUCGAGUGGUACAGGCUAUAAAGCCGGUCGUGACGAACCUCCUCAAACCGCAUUUGGACAAUAUGGAGUACCAGCUUAGGCCUGGAAUGAUUGCUCUCACUUGGACGUCUCUGAAUAUAGAGUCAUAUGUGGAGAAUUUAUGGUCGGAACUCAACGCUUUGGAGGAGCUUGUCAGAACGGUGAACGAUUUGAUGGAUAAUCGUAUUGAUGCUAAUCUCAAGGAUGUGUCUUGCAUGAUACUAUUAGAGUUGCCAGAAGAAGGAGAGGUUGUGAGUCUUGAUGACUUCGUUGAACUCCAGGAACGGCAUGUCCGGGACAUGACCAGCACCAUCAAGGAGUGGAAGGACUAUCUCUGGACGGAAGUGCCGCAGCAUAUCGAAGACAUGAGGUCUCAGAUUGAAGUAUUCAGCAACCGUUGCAAGAAGAUGCCGAAACAGCUGCGAGAGUGGCCGGCGUACCAUGAGCUGAAGAAGGAGAUCGAGGACUUCUCGGAGGCUCUGCCGCUGUUGGUCGAGCUGGCCAAACCGUCUAUUAUGCCGAGGCAUUGGCAGCAAGUACAGGAGCUCACUGGCAAGGAGCUGCCGGUCGAUUCUGAGAUGUUCAUGUUGCAAAGCUUGAUCGACGCCAAUCUGCAGGAGCACAUCGAUGAGGUUACGGACAUCUGUGACUCAGCAGACAAGCAACUGAUCAUCGAGAAGCGUCUAGCGGACAUCACUAAGCAAUGGAGUGAAGAGGCGUUCCUGUUUGGCUCGUGGAAGUCUCGGGAUUACGACUGUGUCCUGUCCGGUGGACGAGUAGCCGAGAUCCAGGAGAUGCUGGAGGAAGCCCUGAUGCAGCUGAAUACUAUGAACGCUAUGCGCCACUCUCUGCCGUUCAAGGAGCCUCUUCAGAAUAUGAUCACAAGCUUGAGUGAGGCCGGCGACAUUAUAGAGCGGUGGGUGAAGGUGCAGAUGCUGUGGACUAGUCUGGAGUCGGUCUUCACUGGUGGUGAUAUCGCCAAGCAAAUGCCGAUGGAAGCGAAGAAGUUCAAUCAGAUCGAUAAGGACUGGAUCAAGAUCAUGUCUAAGUCGGCUGAGACACGCUUGGUCGUGCCAUGCUGUCAGAAUGACCUCCUCAAGCAGCUGCUACCAGUGUUGGGCCAAGGCUUGGAGAGCUGCCAGAAGAGUCUAGAGAGCUACCUCGAAGGCAAACGGAACAAAUUCCCCAGAUUCUACUUCGUGUCCGACCCGGUGUUGUUGAAGAUUCUCUCGCAAGGAUCGGAGCCGGAGAGCAUUCAGGAUGACUUCGAGAAGCUCUUUGAUGCCAUCUCUCGGGUACAAUUUGACAAGAUUGACCGGAAGAAGAUCACCAAGAUAAAGGCCAUUGUGGGGACAGCCGAGGAGUUGGUGGACCUGAGCACGCCGGUGAAUGCUGUGGGGAACAUCGAGGACUGGCUGCUGGCCCUGGAGGCUGAGAUGCAGAAGUCGAUCAGGCGAGAGUGCCGAAACUGUUCCCAUGACACUGGUGUUGUUAUGAACGGCAUGUCUCUCAAGGAGUUUGCCGAUCGGUACAUUGGGCAGGUGUCCCUGUUGGGCAUCCAAAUUGUCUGGACGGUCGACUUCCAGGAGGCCCUGAUGAAAGCGACGAGGGAAAAGGACCGGCAGAUCUUGCCAGCUACCAACAAGAAGUUCCAACAGAUGCUCGCGGAUCUAGUAUCGUAUUGUCUCUCUGACUUGGGCUCGAAAAUGAACCGCACGAAGUACGAGACUUUGGUCACGAUCCACGUGCAUCAAAGAGACCUGUUCCAGGAGGUCAUGAAGAAGACAAGGGAACAUAAGGUGAAGGAUGAGAAUGACUUCGAGUGGAUGAAACAGACCCGAUUCUAUUGGAGGACCGAGACGGACCACGCCAUUGUGUCCAUAGCGGACUGCGAUUUCACCUACUCCUACGAACAGCUUGUGGACAUGGGUGGCUUCUAUUUCCUCGACAAGGAUAAGCGUGGCGACUUCAAGACGAUCGAGAAGCUCAGCUACAUUGGCGCUAUGGGCCAUCCAGGAGGUGGUAGGAAUGACAUACCUAAUCGAACCAAGAGCAAGUUCUUCGCCUUCAACAUGGUCUUGCCGAGUGUAGUCAGUGUUGACAACAUUUACGGCAGUAUCCUGAGGGCUCGAUUCAAUAGCAAAUCUGGAGCUCCAGAUAAGGUUGUGGCGAUGACCGAGAAGCUUACAGUGGCCACCAUCGAUGUUUGGGACAAGAUCAAACGUUCCCUCUUGCCCACACCGCAAAGAUUCCACUAUGUCUUCAACAUGCGUGAGCUCUCGCGUGUCUUCCAAGGAGUCAUGGAUACUCCUCUGGAGGUCAUCACUGAUGAGAGCGUGCUGGUCUGCCUGUGGAAACACGAGUGCACUCGAGUCUUCGCUGACAAGCUGGCGAGGACUGUGGAUAAAGAGUUCGUGGAUAAGGUCAUCAAUGACUUCACCCUUCAACACUUCGGAGAGAAGCUUGCUACUGAGCAUGCAGUUACCACUUGGUGGGCUGACUUUUUGAGGGAGGCUCCGGAAAGCGAGGAUGAGGAAUUGGAUGCCCCCAAGAUUUACGAGCCGAUCGGUGCCAACUUUGAUAGAGUGCGAUCGAAGGCUUAUGAAUAUCUUAAGAAGUUCAACGACGCCUACCCUGCGAAGUCCAUGAAUCUUGUCCUAUUCGACGACGCUAUGUGCCACAUGAUGAGAAUAGUGCGUACCAUUCAGCAGAAGCGCGGAAGUGCCAUGCUUGUCGGUGUCGGAGGCAGUGGCAAACAGUCACUUACUAGACUCAGUAGUUUCACGUGUAAUCAAAAGUGCUUCCAGAUUGCUCUCACAAAGAACUACAAUGACAACGCUCUAUUUGACGAUCUUCGUGGGCUCUAUCAGGACGCUGGACAGAAGGGGACUCCCGUGACGUUCCUGUUUACUGAUGCAGAGAUCAAGAACGAGGGAUUCUUGGAGUAUAUGAACAGCAUUCUAGCGACGGGCGAGAUCGCAGGCCUCUUCCAGAAGGAUGAGAGGGACAGUAUGUGUGCUGAUGUCCGCAACGACUUCGUCAAGGAGCGACCGGGUGCUGAUGAAAACAUGAUCAACCUGUACGGCUACUUCCUGGACCGGCUUCGAGACAACCUCCAUGUCGUUCUCUGCUUCUCGCCGGUCAACGCGAAGUUCCCCAUCAGAGCACAGAAGUUCCCAGCGGUCUUCUCGGCUGUUAACAUCAAUUGGUUCCUGCCAUGGCCGGAGGAGGCACUCGUGGCCGUCAGCUCCACAUUCCUAAGAAGUUAUGAAGUGGACACCCCGCCGGACAGGAAGGAGGCGCUGUAUCAGCUCCUUGGCAGCUACCAGAAUCUCGUGGGACAAGUCUGCGACCUUUAUUUCCAGAGCAUGCGGCGACAUGUCUAUGUCACACCAAAGAGUUAUCUGUGUUUGAUCGAUUUCUAUAAGCAGCUGUAUAAGGUGAAGUACGACGAAGUGAACAUUUUGGAGAAAAGCGUCAAUACUGGUCUGAAGAAACUCAAUGAGGCUGCGGAAGAUGUGGAGACGAUGAAGGUCGCCUUGAGGGAGGAAGAGAAGAAUCUCAAGGUUGCCGAAGAACAGACCAAUAAGCUUCUGGUGAAGGUUCAGAGUGAGACAGUGAAGGCUGAGGCAAAGGCAGCAGAAGUGGGCGCAAAGAAGGAUGACUGCCUCCAGUCGAAGGCCAUCAUCGAAAGUGAACAGGAGGCCGCGAAUAAGGACUUGCAAGCGGCCUUGCCUUUCCUCCACGAAGCCGAGUCGGCUGCUCGAUCGAUCUCUUCCAAGGACAUCACAGAGUUGAAGACGUUGAAGACGCCCAGCGAUAUCAUCCGUUUGGUCUUCGAUGGUCUCCUUAUCUUGCAGCAGAAGCGUGUUGUUGACGUGAGAGCUGAGGAAAAGGUGGUGAAUAAGGUCAAGAUAGACUUCAUCCACGACUCCUAUGAUGAGAUCGCGAAGUCGGUCCUUUCGGACAUCCGCUUCUUACCGGACUUGCUUGACUUCUCUGCCAACGAGAAGGAUAACAUCAACGAUGAAACAUGCGAGUUGUUGCAGCCGUACUUGCAGUUGGAGAACUUCAACCCUGCUGUGGCAAAGAAGGCCUCUGGGGCUGCGGAGGGUCUAUGCAAGUGGGUGGGCGCGAUGGUCAUGUACCAUGAGGCUGCGAAAAUCGUUAAGCCAAAGAUGGACUAUUUGAAGGUGCAAACGGCAAAGUUGGAAGCAGCGAUGACAGAGCUGGGCGAAGCCGAAGCCGAGCUUGCUGCAGCGCAGGCAGUGUUGGAUGGCCUCAAUGCCCAAUUCCAGGAAGCCAUGGAUGGGAAGAAUGCUCUCGAGGAGAAGGCUAAUGUUACGAAGAACAAAAUGGACCAGGCUAAUAAACUGAUCAACGGACUCGGCGGGGAGAAGAAGCGUUGGACUGAGGAUGCCAACAACUUCGCAGAUCGGCGUAAACGGCUGGUCGGAGAUGUGGCCUUGUCCUGUGCCUUUGUGACCUUCUGUGGACCAUUCAACUCGGAGUAUCGAGACAAGCUCAACACAGAGUACUUCCUAGCUGAUACACAUCAGAGGAAGGUGCCGGCAUCCGAAAAGAUGGACCUUGUGGGGUUCCUCGUUGACCAAGGAACAGUCGGAGAAUGGGCUUUGGAAGGUCUGCCCAGCGAUGACCUUUCCGUCCAGAACGGCAUCAUGGUCACUCGAUCUAGCCGAUAUCCUCUCAUGGUUGAUCCACAAGGACAAGCCCUAAGGUGGAUCAAGAGUAGGGAAAGUGAUCGAGUCGCCAAGGCACCAGGACAGUGUGUAUCGACUCUGUCGAAUCCGAGACUGAAGGACCAACUGGAGUUCACAAUGGGUGAAGGACUGUGUCUGAUCCUCGAGAAUGUUGAAGAGGAAAUCGAUCCCAUUCUCGAUCCUGUCCUGGAGAAGGCUAUCGUGAAAAAGGGCAAGAAUCUAUACAUAAACGUCUCGGACCAGAACAUGGACUACAACCCAGCCUUCGUCCUCUAUAUGACUUCACGUCUACCAAACCCGCACUUCUCGCCAGAGCUGUCUGCCAAGUGUACGGUCAUUGACUUCACGGUCACACUGAAAGGCUUGGAACAGCAGCUCCUUGGAAGGGUACUUGGCAUGGAACAGAAGAGCCUUGAAGAUAGUCUUGCGGCUCUUAUGGAAGAAGUGACAAAUAAUACGAAGUCGUUACAGUUGUUGGACAAGCAACUGUUGGAGCGUCUAUCGAAUUCGAGUGGCAAUCUAUUGGACGAUAUUGAGCUCAUCGAAGUGCUUGCCAAUACGAACGCCAAGCCAAGAGUUGAGCAGAAGCUUAUGGAUGCCGAGGAAAAGAAGUGGCUAAGCGGUGCAGUGACGAUAACGUCGUAUGUGCUGUGA